GUGUCAUUGGUCAACAGACCAAAUUAUUGAAAUCAUAUUUAAGUGUGUGAGGAACAAUUGGAGUCAUCACUGAAGCAUGAAAAAUUAAUUCUAUUUGCUUAUCAGAAGAACGGAAUAAGUCUUGGGCCAAAUCAGUCAAAUGGCACGGUGUCACUAUCGUCGAGCGUUGAUCUACGUGUGCAGCCCAUGCAUCUUCCUGCUCAUGCUCUUCCUCAGCAUCAUGGUGUCUUCAAACAUGAAUAAGGCCACCAGAAGUAUUCAUUUUGUGGCCUCGGGAAGUUUUAAAAAUAAUAACUCUGCGUCCAUGCCAAAAUCUUUCUGGAAGCUCCACGAAGAGGCUUUUUGGAACCAACUUCAGUUGACCCUUGAUCGCCAAUUCAAUCCAAUUCUGAAUCCCCAAAAUGCCUACAUGAGGUUUAGGAGUCACGCCUUUUAUGUUUCCCUUUUGAGUCGAAGCUUCUUGGAGGUGACUGACUUGGAACCCGUGAGGAGGAAAAUGGAGCAGCUACCUCUGCAGAUGCGAGAUUUUGCGAGCCACAUGAAACAAAGAAGUUACCCGGUCCUCAUCCAGCCCGCUGACAUGACCUGUGGAGCAGGAGCAGUCGAUGAGAAGGAACCACCGCUGAUCCUCCUCGCCAUUAAGUCCAUCGGGCCGAACUUUGAGAACCGCCAGGCUAUCCGACAGACCUGGGGCCAAGCGGGCUGGGUGGCCACGCGUGAAAUGGACGGCAGUCCAAGACAGAAAGUUGGGGGAUAUAUCCGCCGGGUGUUCCUGUUAGCCAAAGAGUACCCCAAAGACUCUGGAUGCCACAUAUCCGAGUUGCUGCGGGAAGAGGGCGAACGAUAUGGUGAUAUUCUACAGUGGGACUUCAACGACACCUUUUUCAACCUCACCCUGAAGGACGUGCUCUUCUGGAACUGGUUCUCCCGCCAGUGCAGUAAGACACGCUUCGUAUUCAAAGGCGACGACGACGUUUUUGUCAACACGGUGAACAUGAUCACCUACCUCCACAACCAGCUAGAGAAGCCAAACGCAGAACACACCAUGAAAGAAUUCAUGGUCGGCGAUGUCAUCAGCGCGGCUUUUCCUAAUCGAGUUCACCAGUCCAAGUACUUUGUGCCGGACAGCUUCUACAAGGGACUCUAUCCCACCUACGCAGGUGGUGGAGGCGUGGUGUACUCAGGCCAGUUGGCCAAACGUCUUCACAUCAUCUCUGGAAGAGUUCACCUCUUCCCUAUCGAUGACGUAUUUGUUGGCAUGUGCAUGUCACGGCUUAACGCACAACCCAUCCACCACCCGGCCUUCCUCACGUUUGACUUCCCAUACAAAGAAGACAAGGCGCCGUGUGCAUAUCACAAAAUCUUAUUAGUCCAUAAACGAAGCCCGAAGCAGCUAAUUAGACAGUGGGACAAAUUGUCCAAGACAAAGAACCAGUGUCGGCAUGUGUCACUGAGGGUUUCUAACAAGAGGGAAAACACAAGAAUAAACUAACAAAAAGUGCUGAUGUUCUACAAAUAAAUUGCUUCCACUACAGUUGUAUUUGAAUCGUUUA